CUUUCGUGAACAGAUAAACUCUCCCAGGUUAACAAUCACCAAGUUCAAGUACUCAAACAUUUGUCAUGUCGAGUAGGCAAGGCGGCUAGAUUCCUUCCUCAUUGAUUACCCAGUCGAACCGCUCUCCACCAAACUUCCAUCAACAUGUCAACAUCGUCAGGACGCAAAGGGUCUUGCACAAGAUGCGGUCAUCAGAUGAAUGAGCAUGCUAAAUCCAGUGAAUCUAAGUGUAAGAAGUGCAAGAAGGUAUUCGACAUAUGCCAGGUUCCCUACCAUGGUCUUGGGAGCGAAAAUUCUGGAGGGUGGAGGAUUUGUUACGUGCCAUGUGCCUGUGGGAACCGAUAUUAUUCUGACAAGGCCAGGGCGGCGAGGCCGCUUGAGCCCCAUGAAUACAUUCCAGGGCACCCUGGAUACCGUCCCAUAGAGCAAGAAGCUACCGAACACGCCGACAUGACGGGCAACGAAGACCUUUCAACGUAUACAGCGAGCACGGAUACUACACGGGACUAUACUGCGCAGUCUCAGUCGUACGGGAUGUUCAAAGAGCACGAUUCAAACCCAAGUGUACUAGCCACGUCGCCACCUGACACGGAACCAUCGAAUCUUGGGCACCGACGAACAGUUUCAAACUCGACUGACCCUCUGCAUUGGGAUGAAGAGAGAUUCAGAGAGGAGACAUCUAUGGCCAGUCUUGCCCAGCAGUUAGACCAAGCUCAACUCGACGACAACGAAGUUCAACCAGAUGACAACCUCAUUAACGGCACAGAGUCUACUUUUAUUGCGGAAUUUACUCUAAAGAAGGAUCAAAUCCAAUUCAAGAACGUCAACGGUCAAAAAAGCAGGGCUCCUCAAAACGAAUGGACAAUGGCUAAGGUGUAUUAUGAAACUGAACUGGUAGAUUGCCUUACAUACCUUGCUCCAUCAGGAAACCGUUACUACAUGUGGCUUCCUUCGGGGUAUGCACAAGGCGAAAGUUCAACAGGGCCACAUUCAACAAGCCGGAGACGGAAACAUAGAUCAUAGUUUCUAUAUGGUCAAAUUACUCUGUCUUGAACUCUGUUUCGUACUGAUGCUUUCUGAUUGUACUAGCCACCUGUAGUCAGCUCAGAAUUACCCGAAAGUUUUUCCUAAUCGAUGCCUAAACUUGGAAGAUGGGAUUUAUGAUAGCGGACUUGGUCAAUGGGUAUCGCGUUCACGGCAAUGGGUGGACGACAAGUUGUAGUGCCUUUGUUACCUGCAUGUACAUAGUGGCAUUCAGUGCCAGCGUACUUCUGUUGAUAAUCGUAGCAGGCGAUUCGUAUGGUUCUUUUUCUUGCUUAUGGUUGCACUUUGUGU